UGGGUGUGUUAAACCACAGACACGUCACGAUCGGGUCCCGCAAUGUAAAUUCUGUUGUCUGUGUUAGAUGUGUGUUUCCUUUCAAUGGUGUUUCUCCCUUCGUGUUAAGUUGGUCUGUGCUUCACACUAGCUGCCUUCUCAUCUGGAGAUGAAGGGACAUGGACAAGAGGGGGAAGGAUGAGCACCGGCAUCAUCAGUGAGGAACAGCACUGUGACAAAAAAGGGCAGCGGUCCCCUAUUUCCGUGUCAUUACAAGUUGGCACCGUGAAUAGCCGCUGUCGAAGCCUCAUUACUCAGCUUGGUACCUGGUAUAUGGAUGCAUGUACAGCAUAGCAUCUGAAGAGCAUCAGUAUCUGCAAGAUGGAAGCCAAAGAAGGAGAAAAGGCAGAGCUCAGAUUGGUGCUUCUUGGGAGAAAACAAGCUGGAAAGACCACUGUGGCGAACAUUAUCUUGGGUGGAAGGACAGCGAAGGGGGAUAAGAAUAGCCAGACAACAGAGGAGUGUGUGAAAAGAUGGGUGAAGGUGGCCAAACGACAGGUCACCGUGGUGGACACACCAGGCUGGGAAUGGUACUAUACACGCAAUGGCACUUCUGACUGGGUGCGGUGGCAGACGUUGCGUAGUGCCGCUAUCUGUCCUCCAGGACCCCAUGCUGUGCUGCUAGUGGUCCGAGCCUGUGCCGCCGUGACAGAAGAUUACCUGAAGAACACCCAGAAACUGCUAGAGGUGUUCGGAGUGGGUGUCUGGCGGUACACCAUGGUUUUGUUCACCUCACAGAACAAGGAACAGACUGCUAGUGUAGAACAGAGUAUCCAAGAGAACAAGAUGGGCAUUCAGAAGCUUCUGGAACAGUGCAGGAACAGGUACCACAUCUUGAACACCUAUGGGAAGGGCAGUGGUGGCAAAUCACACGUCCAACAAGUGAUAGAAAAGGUUGAGGAAAUGGUGGCCAUGAAUGAUGGUCAAUGCUUUAAACUGGACCAAAAACAACUAGCACUGGUUCAUGAGAUGCAGCUGAAAUCCCAGAGGAAGAAACAGAGGUGGAUGGAGGGAAAGAAGCAGAGUGAAAGACUUAAAUCUUUAAUUUCAGGUGACAAAUUUACACCUGUAGAAGAAGGAAAGAAGUAUAUUACUCCUCAGGCAGUUUCACAUUUUCCUGAGCUUCGAAUGGUGCUACUUGGGGAGAGAGAGGCUGGAAAGAGCUCAGCAGGGAACACCAUCUUGCGCAAACUGGCCUUCAAGACAGGGCAAGUGACAGAGGACUGUGCUAGUGGAUACAGCCUGGUGGCCCAGAGGUGGCUGACAGUGGUUGACACACCUGGCUGGGACAGUGGUCCAUCAGAGCACACCACUGAAAGGGUUCAAAAUGAGAUCCAGGACAGUGUGUCUCUACUUCAUCCAGGACCUCAUGCAUUCCUCUUAGUGGUUGCCAUUGAUGCUGAUGUUCAAGUGUCAGCAGUCAGGAGACCCAUGGAAUUUCUGGGGGAGGCAGUCUGGAGACACACAUUAGUGUUGUUCACCAAUGUAGACAAACUGAGAAAUGAUGUCACCAUUAAAGAUCACAUUGAGAGGUCUGAGCAAACUCUUUGGCUUGUAAAGCAAUGUAGAAAUCAAUACCACGUCAUUGACAACACAUGCCAGGACAACGAAACUCAGGUGAUACAGCUCAUCAAGAAGGUAGAUGCUUUGGUAGCAGCAAAUUGUGGUGAGCCUUUUUCAUCACUGCUGCAAAAUAUAAUACGUGGUGAAGACAUGAGUGAAAAGAAAGGAAGACAUUUAACUGCUGAGCUGGAGACCAUAGAAGUGGAGAAUAGACAGAAGGAAGAGCAGAUAAAGCAGAAGCAUGAACAGAUGGAGAAAGAGAUAGAAGACCUCAAUUAUAUGUAUGAAGAGAAAAUCAGAGAUAGAGAUACAGAAAUGACCUCUUUAAUACAGUUGAAAGAAAAUAUCAUUAGUGAACUGAGAAAGAAGAAUGAAGAACUCCAGGGAAUCCUCGCUGAAACUCAAGAAAACUAUACUGUGUCACAAAACAAAAUAAUGGCACUACAGAAAGACCUGCUUAGGAACCAAAAAGAACUAGAGGACACAAAAACAACCUCAGACAAGUACAGGACAGAAAUAGAAAAACUGCAAGUGGAGGGUGAAAAAAGAGAGACAGAAAUCAGAAAACUCAUGCUUGUUCACGAAGAACAAGUGAGAAAACAAGAAGAAGACAACAUGAGUAAAAUACAGGAGCUGAAGCUGGACAUAAAUAUGUUAAAGGAGAAAAAUCAGAAGGAGCAAAGAGACUAUGAAGCUCUUCAUGAAGCUGUCAAGGAGAGAGACAAAGAAAUGGUAAGGAUUAGAGAAUGUUUUGAAGAGAAAGAAAAGAUGAGACAAGCCCAGUUGGAAUUAAUGACCAAAGAAAAGGAGAGUCUGAUAGAAGAGCAGAGACAGAAAUAUGAGAAACAUCUGAAGGAUGAGAGAGAAACAGCGAAAGAAGCACUUGAGAUGAAAGAGAAAGAAAUUGCAAAUUUGCUUGAACAGGCUAAGGAAUAUCACAUAAAGGCAGAAAAAACUGAGCAAACGCUGAAAGCUGAGAUGAAAUUGAGGAUAUCAGAAGUUGAAGACAAGCUGAAAAAGACAACAAAAAUGUAUAAUGACAGUCAAAGUGAGGUUGAAGAACUCAAGAAAAGUAUUAAAAAAGAAAAGACUGCCUACAAACAGCUGAUGGAGAAAUAUGAAAUGACAGUGAAAGACAUGAACAUGCUAAAACAGAAGUAUGAAGAGAUGGAAUCCCAUACAGAAGCAAUGAAAGCAGAUAGAAAUCAGCUGAAGAAAAAUCUACAGGGUACUGAGGUAGAAAUAAAAAAUCUGAAAGAAAAACUCAACAUGAGACAUUUGGAUGUUGACAGCUUGAGACACAAAUAUGAAGAGAAACAAAGACAAAUAGCUGUCAAACUGGAGACCUUAGAAGUGGAGAAAAGACAGAAGGAAGAGCAGAUGAAGCAGAAGCAUGAAGAGAUGGAGAAAGAGAUAGAAGACCUCAAGUAUAUGUAUGAAGAGAAAAUCAGAAAUAGAGACAUAGAAAUUACCUCUUUAAUAGAGUUGAAAGAAAAUAUCAUUAGUGAACUGAGAGAGAAGAAUGAAGAACUCCAGGGAAUCCUUGCUGAAACUCAAGAAAACUAUACUGUGUCACAAAACAAAAUAAUGGCACUACAGAAAGACCUGCUUAGGAACCAAAAAGAACUAGAGGACACAAAAAAGACCUCAGACAAGUACAGGACAGAAAUAGAAAAACUGCAAGUGGAGGGUGAAAAAAGAGAGACAGAAAUCAGAAAACUCAUGCUUGUUCACGAAGAACAAGUGAGAAAACAAGAAGAAGACAACAUGAGUAAAAUACCGGAGCUGAAGCUGGACAUCAGGAUGUUGAAGGAGAAAAACAAGAAGCAGCAACAAGACAAUGAAGCUCUUCAUGAAGCUGUCAAAGAGAGAGACAAAGAAAUGGUAAGGAUUAGAGAAUGUUUUGAAGAGAAAGAAAAGAUGAGACAAGCCCAGUUGGAAUUAAUGACCAAAGAAAAGGAGAGUCUGAUAGAAGAGCAGAGACAGAAAUAUGAGAAACAUCUGAAGGAUGAGAGAGAAACAGCGAAAGAAGCACUUGGGAUGAAAGAGAAAGAAAUUGCAAAUUUGCUUGAACAGGCUAAGGAAUAUCACAUAAAGGCAGAAAAAAUGGAGCAAACGCUGAAAGCUGAGAUGAAAUUGAGGAUAUCAGACGUUGAAGACAAGCUGAAAAAGACAACAAAAAUGUACAAUGACAGUGAAAGUGAUGUUGAAGAACUGAAGCAAAGGAUUGAAAAAGAAAUGAGUGCCAACAAACAGCUUAUUGAGAAAUAUGAAAUGACAGUGAAAGACAUGAACAUGCUAAAACAGAAGUAUGAAGAGAUGGAAUCCCAUACAGAAGCAAUGAAAGCAGACAGCAUUCAACUGAAGAAAAAUCUACAGGGUACUGAGGUAGAAAUAAAAAAUCUAAAAGAAAAACUCAACGCGAGACAUUUGGAUGUUGACAGCUUGAGACACAAAUAUGAAGAGAAACAAAGACAAAUAGCUGUCAAACUGGAGACCUUAGAAGUGGAGAAUAGACAGAAGGAAGAGCAGAUGAAGCAGAAGCAUGAACAGAUGGAGAAAGAGAUAGAAGACCUCAAGUAUAUGUAUGAGGAGAAAAUCAGAAAUAGAGAUACAGAAAUGACCUCUUUAAUACAGUUGAAAGAAAAUAUCAUUAGUGAACUGAGAAAGAAGAAUGAAGAACUCCAGGGAAUCCUUGCUGAAACUCAAGAAAACUAUACUGUGUCACAAAACAAAAUAAUGGCACUACAAAAAGACCUGCUGAGAAACAUGAAAGAACUAGAGGAUACAAAAAAGACCUCAGACAAGUACAGGACAGAAAUAGAAAAACUGCAAGUGGAGGGUGAAAAAAGAGAGACAGAAAUCAGAAAACUCAUGCUUGUUCACGAAGAACAAAUGAGAAAACAAGAAGACAACAAGAGUAAAAUACAGGAGCUGAAGCUGGACAUAAAGAUGUUGAAGGAGAAAAAUCAGAAGGAGCAAAGAGACAAUGAAGCUCUUCAUGAAGCUGUCAAGGAGAGAGACAAAGAAAUGGUAAAGAUUAGAGAAUGUUUUGAAGAGAAAGAAAAGAUGAGACAAGCCCAGGUGGAAUUAAUGACCAAAGAAAAGGAGAGUCUGAUAGAAGAGCAGAGACAGAAAUAUGAGAAACAUCUGAAGGAUGAGAAAGAAACAGCGAAAGAAGCACUUGAGAUGAAAGAGAAAGAAAUUGCAAAUUUGCUUGAACAGGCUAAGGAAUAUCACAUAAAGGCAGAAAAAAUGGAGCAAAUGCUGAAAGCUGAGUCGAAAUUGAGAAUAUCAGACGUUGAAGACAAGUUGAAAGAGACAACAAAAAUGUACAAUGACAGUCAAAGCGAAGUUGAAGAACUGAAGCAAAUGACUGAAACAGAAAAGACUGCCUACAAACAGCUGAUGGAAAAACUAGAAAUGAAUGUGCUAAGAGAGAAUUAUGAAGACAAGGAAUACUACACAAAAGAAAUGAGCUAUGAGAAAUAUUUGAAUGAUGAGAAAGAAGCAAUUAAACAAAUUGAGAUGAAAGAGAAAGAGGUAGAAAAUUUGCUUCAUCAAGCUAAGGGAAAUAAAGAGCAUGCACUGAAAGUAGAGGACAAGUUGAGAGAAACAACUAAAAUGUAUAAUGACAGUCAAAGUGAGGUUGAAGAACUCAAGCGAAGGAUUGAAAAAGAAAAGACUGCCUACAAACAGCUGAUGGAGAAAUAUGAAAUGACAGUGAAAGACAUGAGCGUGCUAAAACAGAAGUAUGAAGAGAUGGAAUCCCAUACAGAAGCAAUGAAAGCAGACAGAAGUCAACUGAAGAAAAAUCUACAGGGUACUGAGGUGGAAAUAAAUCUAAAAGAAAAACUCAACGCGAGACAUUUGGAUGUUGACAACUUGAGACGCAAAUAUGAAGAGAAACAAAGACAAAUAGCUGUCAAACUGGAGACCUUAGAAGUGGAGAAUAGACAGAAGGAAGAGCAGAUGAAGCAGAAGCAUGAACAGAUGGAGAAAGAGAUAGAAGACCUCAAGUAUAUGUAUGAGGAGAAAAUCAGAAAUAGAGAUACAGAAAUGACCUCUUUAAUACAGUUGAAAGAAAAUAUCAUUAGUGAACUGAGAAAGAAGAAUGAAGAACUCCAGGGAAUCCUCGCUGAAACUCAAGAAAACUAUACUGUGUCACAAAACAAAAUAAUGGCACUACAGAAAGACCUGCUUAGGAACCAAAAAGAACUAGAGGACACAAAAACGACCUCAGACAAGUACAGGACAGAAAUAGAAAAACUGCAAGCGGAGGGUGAAAAAAGAGAGACAGAAAUCAGAAAAAUCAUGCUUGAUCACGAAGAACAAAUGAGAAAACAAGAAGACAACAUGAGUAAAAUACAGGAGCUGAAGCUGGACAUAAAGAUGUUGAAGGAGAAAAAUCAGAAGGAGCAAAGAGACAAUGAAGCUCUUCAUGAAGCUGUCAAGGAGAGAGACAAAGAAAUGGUAAAGAUUAGAGAAUGUUUUGAAGAGAAAGAAAAGAUGAGACAAGCCCAGGUGGAAUUAAUGACCAAAGAAAAGGAGAGUCUGAUAGAAGAGCAGAGACAGAAAUAUGAGAAACAUCUGAAGGAUGAGAAAGAAACAGCGAAAGAAGCACUUGAGAUGAAAGAGAAAGAAAUUGCAAAUUUGCUUGAACAGGCUAAGGAAUAUCACAUAAAGGCAGAAAAAAUGGAGCAAACGCUGAAAGCUGAGAUGAAAUUGAGGAUAUCAGACGUUGAAGACAAGUUGAAAGAGACAACAAAAAUGUACAAUGACAGUCAAAGUGAAGUUGAAGAACUGAAGCAAAGGACUGAAACAGAAAAGACUGCCUACAAACAGCUGAUGAAAAAACUAGAAAUGAAUGUGCUAAGAAAGAAUUAUGAAGACAAGGAAUACUACACAGAAGAAAGGAGCUAUGAGAAGGAAACAAUUAAACAAAUGCUUGAGAUGAAAGAGAAAGAGGUAGAAAAUUUGCUUCAAGCUAAGGGAAGUAAAGAGCACUCACUGAAAGUAGAGGACAAGUUGAAAGAGACAACAAAAAUGUAUAAUGACAGUGAAAGUGAGGUUGAAGAACUCAAGAAAAUGAUUGAAAAAGAAAAGAUUGCCAACAAACAGCUGAUGGAGAAAUAUGAAAUGACAGUGAAAGACAUGAAUGUGCUAAAACAAAAGUAUGAAGAGAUGGAAUCCCAUACAGAAGCAAUGAAAGCAGACAGAAGUCAACUACAGGAAAAUCUACAGGGUACUGAGGUGGAAAUAAAUCUAAAACAAAAACUCAACGCAAGACAUUUGGAUGUUGACAACCUGAGACACAAAUAUGAAGAGAAAGAAAGACAAAUAGCUGUCAAACUGGAGACCUUAGAAGUGGAGAAAAGACAGAAGGAAGAGCAGAUGAAGCAGAAGCAUGAACACAUGGAGAAAGAGAUAGAAGACCUCAAGUAUAUGUAUGAGGAGAAAAUCAGAAAUAGAGAUACAGAAAUGACCUCUUUAAUACAGUUGAAAGAAAAUAUCAUUAGUGAACUGAGAGAGAAGAAUGAAGAACUCCAGGGAAUCCUUGCUGACACUCAAGGAAACUAUAAUGUGUCACAAAACAAAAUAAUGGAACUACAAGAACAUCUUUUGAAGAACAAGAAACAGCUAGAGAUGUGUGAUUACUACAGGGCAGAAAUUGAAAGAUACAAAAUUUGGCAUGAAAAAACAGGGAUGGAUAAAGUACCACAACUAAAUCUGGAAAACAAAACUAAUCCCACAGAGUUUGACCUGGACAUAAAGAUGAACGAGACGCAAGAAAUGGAAAUUGAAGUACUGGAUCAAGCCAUGAAGGAGAAAGACCAUGAAAUAGCAAGGAUUAGACAACACUGUGAAGAGUUGAAAACAAAAAUACAGAAUAUCAAUGACGAACUAAAGGAAAUAAGUAAAAUGUAUGUUGACAGUAAAGUAUAUUUGGAAAGACCAAAAGAAAUGACUGGAUGUAAACAUAAGAAAGAUUUUUUAAUUGAUAUAUCUGAAAUAUUUGACACAACUGCGAAAGAAAUCAACAUUCUGAAAAAGCAGCUAGAAAAAAUGGAAGCAGACAGGAGAGAAUGGAAACAUGAACGUAGACAACUGGAGAGAGAAAUACAAGUCUCCGUGGAGGAAAUUCAGAACCUGAAACAGCAAACAAAUGGGAAAAAUCUGGAAGUAAAAAAUGUUCCACACCUAAGUGAGCAGAGAGAAAGAGGAGCAGCUGCUAUAUUACACAUUACACAAGUGGAAAAAAUAGAUCUCAAAGAGGAGACAAAUAAUUAUGACCAUAUGGAGAAGGAGACUGAAGAGACCAAUGACAAGUCUGAUGAGGAAAAGAAAUCAAUAAAUGAAGACCUGGCCUGUCCUUUAAUUUCAAAUGAAAAUGUUUUCAGCAGCCAGAAAGGCAUGGAGGCAGAAGACCCAAGAAUGUCAGAAAAAUUGAGCAGUGAGGCAGAAGAAUAUGAGAAAAGAACAGAAAACCUGGAGCAUAAAUUACAAGCAGAACUGAAAAAGAAGGAGGAGCUUCAAAUGUAUAUCUCUGAGGUGGAGAAAGCGUCAGAGGACAAGACAACAAUGUUUUCAGGUAGCCGAAUUGAGGUUAUACGUUUGAAGGAAAAAAUUGGAACGCUUCAGAAUGAGAACAAAAACAAGCUAGCAGUGAAAGAAAUGCAUGAAAUUCAAAAAUCAGGUACUGAACAGGAAAUGCAGGACCCUGUGAAGGACAUUAAUGAACUAAAGAAAAAAGUCAAUGAGGAAAAUUUUGAAGGACACAACUUUAAAGACAUAAAGAGAAGGAACGAUAGGAGUGAUAGACAAACAGCUCUUACGGUAAACCCCAUGAAAGAAAAAAAAAUAGAAUGGAAAGAAGAAAAGAGGAAACGGAGAGAAAGGAGACAACAGAAGACCGCUCGAGAAUAUGAUGGAACAUGUCUCCAAGAGCGUGAGAAGCAGACAAACUUGAAAGUGGUGGAAAGGACAGAGCUCCAAGUUAUAAAACAGCCUCACGGCAGAACGAUGUUCAAGAACGAGCCUCCAGAAGUGACUUCAGAGCCCAGCCUGGCAAAGACUCCAAGGUUUAUUGCUGGGAUCUCCAAACCAUCUGAGCUAAGGCUGGUGCUCCUGGGGGAAAGUUGGAGCCACAGAACCUCAGUGGGCAGCACCAUCCUGGAAAGAACAGCAGGCCACACCCUCCAUGAGGAAAUGGAGAGUCAUGCAACAAAGCCUCUGGCCAGGCAGGGGGUAGUGGCAGGGAGGCAGGUCACUAUGGUGGAGAUGUUGGGACAGGGAUGGUACCACGGACCAGUCCUCACGCAUGGCACACAAUCGCAGGUGGAAGUCAGUGUGUCCCUCUGUUCCCCAGGCCCACAUGCCUUCCUACUGGUGGUCCCCGUCUACUUGACUUUCACAGCACAUUACUGGAAAGUUGUGCAGCACCACAUGAGCAUACUGGGCGAUGGUGUCUGGAAGCACACCAUGGUGCUUUUCACAUGGGGCCACACAUUAGGAGAAACCAUCCAGCAGCACAUUGUACGAUGGAGGGACCUCCGGCGGCUGGUUAAGAAAUGUGGGAACAGAUACCAUAUCCUCCGUGGUGAUGCCGAGGACAGUCAUGUCACAGAACUCUUGGAAAAAGUGGAGAAGAUGGUGGCAGAAAAUGGUGGUCAUCACUACGACCCUAAGAACAACUCAGAAGCUACAAAGAUGCCACCAGAGGACCAGCAGAUAGAUGGUCCAUCUGGUGGGGGAUGUUGUACGAGCAUGCCACGUCCCAAACGGUUUUCAGUAAAUCUGGAAACAAAUGUUGAAGGGUGCUGUACUGUUCCACAGAUCGUGAACAAGAAGAAAGGUCCACCACAGAAGGAAGCAGCAGGACAGGAAUCUGAUAAGAAAGAAAUAGAGAGACUUAGAAAAGAGAUUGUGGAGAAAGAACAAGGGAUGGAAAAACUGAGAGAGAGCUGCAAGGAGAAGGAGAGACAGAUAGAGAAGCUUCGAGGCAUUCUGAAGUCACUGAGUGACAUGGCACCAGUGUUCACUGAUCGAGUGGAGGACCUAUCGCAGCACUUUGAAGACACAAACAGAGAGGUGGAAGGAUACAUGACAAUCAUGAAUGACCUCCACGGCUUUUCAGCGGAGAGCACUAAAGAAUUACGGCAAUGGGAAGAAGAACAAGAGAUAGAAGAGGAGACCUGCUACCCGCAAAGAGUUGGAGAGCGACCACAGUGCUCUGCAACGCUGCCCUGCUCUCUACUGGGACAGAAAGAGGAGCGAAUCGAAAUGGCUGCAGCUGCUCUCUCGGAGCUCAGGAUCGUGCUCCUUGGAUGGACGGACAGUGGGAAGACUUCAUCGGGAAACACCAUCCUGGGUAGGGCAGCCUUCUGUACUGAAAAGGGGACAGAAGAGAGUGAAAAGCGUGAGGGUUUUGUGGAUGGAAGACAUGUCACUGUGGUGGACACCCAGGGGUGGAAGAGGAUUGCCUCACUGACUUUCUUCAAAAAGGAGAUUGUGCGUGGUGUGGAGCUAUGUCCUCCAGGGCCACACGCCCUGCUCCUGGUCAUGCGGCUGGACAAGGAUGUGGAAACAGGUUCUUUACAGGAGCUCCUGGAGCUGCUGAGUAUGCGGGUAUGGAAUCGCACCAUUGUGCUGUUCACCCACAGAGAUGCUGUAGGCGAGACAACAGACUUGGAGCGACACAUCCAAAAGAAAGAGGUCUACAAACAACUUCUGGAGAAGUGUGGAAAUCGAUAUCAUAUUUUUGACAACAAUGAAGUGGGAAGAGAUCAAGUCACAGAGCUCUUGAAGAAGAUAGAUGAGAUGGUGGAGGGAAACACAGAAAGGUUCUUACCAAGCAAAGAGAUCCAUGAAGUGUUCAUCACACUAAAGGUCCGACAGAGGAAACGCAGCAAAGAGCAACCUCCUUCAAUGAAGGAUGAGUCUUCAGAAUGCAAACCACCCUCUGAGGAAAAGAGUGGUGCGACAGAAACUACACAGAAUUACCACACAGAAGGACCUCAAGCUGAAGGGACUAAAGGGGAGGAGAAGCAGAAUGUGGAGACAGACGGUACACCGGGAACAAAACGGAGGAACAGCAUCGACAACCCCCCAUUGAGUAAGGAGUCUGAGCUGAGGCUGGUGUUGCUGGGAAGGACAGGAUCUGGAAAGAGUGCAGCAGGAAACACCAUCCUCGGCAAAGAGGUGUUUGUGUCCCAAGCCAACUCAUCUUCAGUGACUAAGGAGACUGACAAGAAGAAAGGGGUCAUUGCUGGAAGAAAGGUGGCCCUAGUGGACACCCCAGACUGGUUCACCCUUGGACUCUCAGAGAAAGAGAUAGAAGACGAUGUUGGACUUUGUUACAGUCUGUCCUCUCCUGGACCCCACGCCUUCCUCCUUGUGGUACCGGUGGGCCGAUAUAUUGACAGGGAGAGAGGAGAACUUGAUAAAAUGAUAAAAAUAUUUGGAAAGGACUCUCUAGGACACACAAUGAUUCUGUUCACCCAUGGAGAUGAGCUGAAGGACAAAACCAUUCAGGAGUUCAUUCAGACAGGAACUGAGGACCUCAAGUGGCUUAUAGAGCAAUGUGAGUACAGAUAUCAUGUUCUGAACAACCAUGUUUUGAAGGAUAACACUCAGGUGGAAGAACUGCUGGGAAAAGUGGAUGAAAUGAUAGAUAAGCACAAUGGCAGUAGUUACUGCAAUGAAAAGUACAGAGCAACAGAGUCACACAUCAUAAAUGUCCAAAAGCGCUUAUUGAUGGAACGGCGGGGACAAAAAAAUAGCGAAGAGGAAGAAGUGUUGAUGAAGCACCAGAAAGAAAUGAAAAAUAUUGAGACAGAGCUGAAUGAAUGUAAACGAAGACUGGAAAAUUUGGAGAAAGAUAUAGAAGAUCUCAAAGAAGAGUUGAGAAAAGAAAGACAGGAAAACACAGAAAAGCAAAAAUUGUUGCAUGAAGCUGAAGAAGAAAAAAGUAGGGAGAAGAAAAAGUUCAUGGAGCUGGAAGAGAGUUACAGGGAAGUGAAAAACAGCUACGAUGAGAUAAUAAAGAUCAGACAGGUCGAGGAGGAGAAGGCCAGGGAGGAUGCAGAGAGACACAGGGAGACUCUCCUGAAGCUCAGUGAGAUAACCGCAGAGUCCACAACAGCGGCACAACAACUGAGGGCCAAGGAGGAGGAAAGGAAGAGACUAGAGACUAAGAUGGACAGAAUGCGGGAAACAUGUCAUGAGAAGGACAAAGAGAUAGAAGGGCUGAGACAGCUGGAGAUGGAGAAAGACAGAGAGAUAGAAGGGCGCGAAGCUGAGAAGACUUAUUGA